AUGCAGCGAUAUCGCGAGUGUCACGACUUCUACCACGCGCUGGUCGGGCUGCCAGUCUUUCGGGAGGGCGAAGUCGCGCUCAAAGCCUUUGAGUUCGCCAACACUGGGCUUCCAAUGACCGGAUUGGCAGUUUUCAGUGCGUUCACACUGAAGAAGGCCGAAUGGAGGAGAUUCUGGGAUAUAUACGGACCGUGGGCAACCAGGAAUGGAGCGCAAAGCGACGACGUUAUCAAUAUAUAUUGGGAAGAGGAGCUGGAGACAGACAUAGAUCAGCUGAGAACAAGGCUGGGUAUCGAGAAGCCGCCUGAUCUGAGGGAGAUGAGGAAGGCGGAGAGGGAGGCACAGAAGAAAGACAAGGAGGCCAAGGAGACUAUGACACGUGCCGCAGUCUGA